AUGGGUUCACUUCAAUGUCCCACUCCAUCAAAGCUUCAAUUUGCAGUCCUUUACAUGGCUUUAGCACUAGGUUCUCUUGGCGUUGGGGGCACAAGGUUUACAAUUGCAACUAUGGGAGCUGAUCAAUUCGACAAACCCAAAGAUCAGGAGAUGUUUUUCAUUUGGUAUUUUUUGGCCUUAUAUCUUGCCAAUGCUAUUAGCUUAACAGCUAUCAUCUACAUUCAAGACAAUGUGAGUUGGGGUGUAGCAUUUGUGAUUUGUGUCGUCGCGAAUGCUAUUGCUUUGAUACUAUUUUUGUCGGGGAAACGCUUUUAUCGACGCAUCAAGCCCAACGGAAACCCGUUCGUUCGCCUUUUGUGUGUAGGAUUUGCGGCCUUUCAGAAGAGGAAUGUAUCAGGCACUUUUGGCUAUCAAGAUUAUAACUAUGGAAGUAUAGAGGCAGCAAAUAUCUUGAAAGAUGGUCCUAGUAAUAGAUUCAGAUUCUUGACCCGUGCAGCCCUAAAAACUGAGAGUGAUGACACUCAAUCGAGUGGUUCCAAUGCAAAAUCAUGGAAGCUAUGCACGGUGGAAGAAGUAGAAGACCUCAAAACCAUACUCAAGAUCAUGCCAUUAUGGUCAAGUAACAUUCUCUUAAGCACCACUAUAGGCAUGCUUAACAACCUAUCGGUCCUCCAAGUCCUAACCAUGGAUCGACACCUCGGACCACACUUCAAAAUCCCAGCUGGUUCUUUCGUUGUGUUUAACCUGUUAGCCAUGGCUCUAUCAAUUUUGAUCAUCGAUCGCUUCCUCCAUCCAAUAUGGAAAAAAUUCAUCCCUCAUUGGACUUUGACACCUCUUCGACGAAUCUGGAUCGGCCACGUCAUCAAUAUCAUCGCCAUGAUAGGGUCUGUCCUAAUCGAAAUGAGACGUCUCCAUGCGGUUCGAACCAAUCACCUCACCAAACAGCCUAGCUCCGUGGUUCCCAUUUCCAGCCUAUGGCUUGCGGUGCCACUAACAAUUGUAGGUAUCAGCGAAGGAUUUCACUUCCCUGGACAAAUUGUAUUGUAUUACCAAGGAUUUCCAAAGUCACUGAAAAAUACAUCCACGGCGAUGAUAGCGUUACUAAUUGGAAUUGGAUAUUAUGCAAGCACCGGGAUCAUAGAUUUGGUUCGUAGAACAACAGGGUGGUUGCCGGACAAUCUCAACGAUGGAAGAAUGGAUAAUGUGUAUUGGUUGUUGGCAGCGAUUGGAGGGGUGAACUUGGGAUAUCAUUUAGUUUGUGCAAAGUUGUUCAAGCACGAAAAUAUAGAGAAGCCUAAUGAUCCUGUCGGUGAUCUUCCUAAUUAGAAGAGAA